AUGGAUACGCUAUCAUGGUCUGCCUUGGUCGACUGGUCAACAGUCCUCGGUCUCGUAUUCGGCGGCUGUUGCAGUAACGCUAUAAGCUUGCAAGAGCUUACAUCCGAGUAUCCUAACGUCGGAUCUUUGAUCACAUUCACGCAAUUUCUUUUGGUCUCUCUGCAUGGCAUCCGGAAGUUCUUGUACUUCGAACGUGGGCCGCUGGGCUUGCCGCUGCCGAAGAUGCGACCUCGACGCGUCCCUUUGACGCCAUACCUCAUUCAAGUCGUCUUGUAUACCGCGAUCUCGUCAUUGAACAAUGCUGCAUUCGCAUAUAAGAUCCCUAUGACUGUACAUAUCAUCUUCCGGAGCGGUGGCCUCGUGAUCAGUCUCAUCAUGGGUUGGCUACUGGCCGGGAAACGGUAUAGCCGUGGUCAAGUCUUUGCGGUGAUCGUAGUCACUGGCGGCGUCAUGCUGACGACGGCGUCAGCGGCAGUCAAGAAGCCUCAACAAUCCGCAUCUGCAUCGGCUGCAGAUGCUGGUCCCCCGCUGAAGACGUACAUGACGGGAGUCGGCAUCUUAACUCUCGCUCUCAUUCUUGGAGGUCUGCUCGGGAUCACGCAAGACCGUACCUACGGCAAAUACGGUGGUGCGAAGAGCAAGGACCCGAACGCGCCGGCAAUCUGGGAGGAAUCCAUGUUCUACAUGCACUUCCUCUCCUUACCAUCGUUUGCAUUCAUGUCGAAAAACAUCUCAUCUCAAGCGACAUCGUUGAUGGCGGCGAGUAAAGCGCACGUCACGCUUCCCAUGCCCAGUCCCUUCGUCACUCUGCAUCCGACUCCGGGCAAGCCCGCGGCAUCGACGUCGUUGGACUUGCACGUACCGAAAGCGGUGGUCUUCCUGCUGUUGAACGCGCUUACGCAGCUCUUCUGCUCGGCGGGCGUGAACCGGUUGACUACCAAGGUCUCUUCGCUGACCGUGACGCUCGUUCUGGUCGUCCGGAAGGCGGUCUCGCUGCUGCUGAGCGUCGCGCUCUUCAAGCGCAGUGCCCACAUGGACUCAACACAGUGGCUCAUGCUCUGGUCCGGAGCCGCUCUCGUAUUCGCUGGCACGGUAAUCUACGCCGGUUCCUCGAAACCGCGCCCGAAAGUCGAGAAGGAGAAGGCGAAGCAAGAGUAG